GGGGGGGGUUGUCUUUCGAUUUUUUUUAAAAAAAAGAGAGCGAGAGAGGAGGGUUAAAUAUUUCUUCUUCGCUGUUAUGCAAGUCGGAAAGGAUUUUUGUCAGGCGACUUUUUGAUCAGAAAAGGAGAGAGAGGGAGAGGGAGAGAGAGGGGGAGAGAUGCUGAAAAUGGUUGAGUUCUGCUUCGAUUCGAGGUGAGAAAAGAGACAGAGAAGGAGGGGAGAGGGAGAGAGAGGGAGGGGGGGGAGGAUAGAGAGGGGGAGUUGAAUGGGGCCGUGGAAGGAAUUGGUUUGAGAGAAUGAUCCGCGCUAUCGAGGUGGUCUGGUACAUCCUAUCGACUGUGACUUGGCUGAGCUCGGGGGCUGGGGGGCAACAUGUGUGUUGGCAGGCGCUGCUGCGCUGCCAGGAGGAGAAAGAGUGCAAGUGGGCUUACAGCCAGUACACCACCGCCUGCGAUUCCUUCCUGAAAGGAGCGAGGAAGCAGUGUCCCAGCCAUUGCAUAGGAGCCCUGGUCAAGCUCAACCAAACGCACAGCGGACCCGACCUGGAGAGCUGCGACUGCGGGCAGGACGCGCAAUGCAGACGGGCCAAGCGGGCCAUCGAGCCCUGUAUGCCCAGGAGGUACCGAGCCGACUCGGCCGACGCCACCGAUUUGGGCUGCACCGAAGCCCGGCAGCGCUGCGAGGAGGAGUCGGUGUGCCACAGCGCCAUGGAGGACUAUCUGUCCAACUGCGGGCAGCUCUUCAACGGCCGGAGGUGCACUCACGAGUGCAGGAGCACCAUCCAGUACCUGCUCUCCAUCCCCAGCGGCGUCUCGCUCAACACGUGCGUCUGCGACGGCGUCGAGAGACCCUUCUGCGAGGUGGUGAAGGACAACAUGCACAAGUUUUGCUCCAUCAACGGCCAGACGGUCUUCACGGCGGGACCGGGACCGGGACCGGACUCGGAGGAGAAUUACUAUUACGAGGAUUACGAUAUCAACAAAACGGAUCUAAAGCCCGAGAGGAGCGGUGAAGCGGACACGCGGACUAGCGGCUCCCCGGGCCACCAGCACCAGCCCCGGCCCCGCCGCCUCCACACGUGGCUACUGCUGCCCCCGCUCCUGGUAUUGUGGUUUCCAUAAUACUUUUCUCGGUACACACAAUUAUUUCGAGGGUUUUUUUUGUUUGUGCG